CUGAUACCAGACAAUUCAGUGUCUCCCUGUGUUGGGUGCCUGAUCAGCUGCUGUCCCAGCAUGGAGUUCAGAGCAACUGAGUCCCAGGAGGAUUCGCAUCUCGAGGCUCGCUAAGCGUCCCAGCCUGCACCCCUCCCGCUGCAGCGGCGGCCCGGCCCCGCAGGCUCUGAACCAUGUACACCCGCAGUAGGGUGUUGGGCUCCGGACUCGACCCCUCUUCGGCCUCCCGGCCGGCCCUGAACCCUGCUGUGCAGCGUCGGGAGCAGGACCCGCUGCAAGGCCCCGGGAAGAGUUUGGAGGCUCCUUCACAGACCCCUUCUUGGGAGAGACAGGAGCAAGCGGGCCCGAGACGCAUAGGUGCAUACACCUUGAUAACACCAAAUCAAAACCGAAGAAAUCAGAUACAAAGGAUUGCUGAGAAAGAGCUGGAGAACCUGGAGAAAUGGAAGGAGCAACAUAGAGUGAAGCCAAUAGACCUGGCACCAAGGCAGCUAGGUGGAAGACAAUCAGAGGCGGAAGUCAGGCAGAAACAACAGCUCCAACUGAUGCAAUCUAAAUACCAGCAAAAGUUAAAAAGAGAAGAAGCUAUAAGAAUCAAGAAGGAAGCUGAAGAAGCUGAAAUCCAAAAAAUGAAGGCGAUUCAGAGAGAGAAGAGCAAAAAACUAGAGGAGAAAAGAAGACUCCAAGAAGACCUCAGAAGAAAAGCAUUUAGAGAACAUCAGCAAUACAAAACUGCUGAGUUCUUGAGCAGACUGGAGACAGAGUUCCCCAACAGAAGUACCCAUGAAAUUGCUCGCUGUGACCCACAAUCUUCGACUUGGGCCAGACGCCAGUCUUAUAAGGAUUAUCUAAAGGAAGAAGAAAAUAGAAAAUUACAAAGGAUGAAGGACGAACAACGUCAGAAGAGUGAGGUACUGGAAUUUAAGCAACAGCUACAGGAGGAAGAAAGAACCAGAGCCCACCAGGAUGAGCACAGGAGGGUAAAUAAUGCUUUUCUGGACCGACUCCAAGGCAAAAGUCAACCAGGUGGCCUGGAGCACUUUGGAGGCUAUUGGAAUAUGAAUAGUGGUAACAGCUGGGAUAUAUGAGAAAUGUUUACUUACAUCUGGCCUUUGUCAACUGACCUUGAAAACUACCACAAGAUGCUUUUUUAAAAUUCGAUUUUGUUCACCUUCAGUGUUUUUACCUUGACUUCAACUGCCACCCACACCGCUGAGCAGCCAGGAUGACAGGUUUCUUCCUGUCGUUGUUUAUGCAUGUUUGCAGGAGCUGAUUACUGAACUCAUAUUUAAUCUCUACUGCCAAUGAAAUGUUAUAGUAUUUUUCUAAUUGGUUUUGCCUCUUAUUGGAAGUAUAAUUACAGCAAUGUUAGUAAGAUAGGAAAUGAGAGAAUCAUCUGGUGCUUCAGGUUAGUGGGAGCUAUCGGUGCUGCAUGUUUGUGUCCCUCAGCAUCUAAUUCUCAGAUCAGGUUUGGGAAAGCGUUGGCAUCUUUUUAUAUUUUAAUUCCUACUUGCUUAAUUCAGUGUAUAAACGUGAGCAAAAGAAAAAAAAUUAAUCAAAUGUAUAAAUAAAUUUUGAA